AUCCAAUUCCAGGUGCGACUGCUGACCAACAGUACACAUGUGCACGGCGAGUUCUCGCUCUAUACCAUGCACUGGAUGUGUGCAGGUAGUCGUCUGGCCUACAAGUACAAGCCCAUACCCAGUACACACUCUGCAGGCGAUGUAGCAGACGAUAUAUACAUCUCAACGAGUAUAGCCAACCCCCGCAAGAACGUUUGUACGCACGUGGUGUCGACUGAGAAGGUCUCGAAGCCUGACUUUUCCCAGCCAAUCCGUGCUGAUGGUGGAUCAUUGGAAUGUGCUCCUGGAGUCGCGGAGCACCUCGGGAAUGCGCCUCGCGGGCCGACCCGAGUAGGGGAAUUCAGGGAGGGUACUGGGCGUGUUGAACUGAUUCCUGUGGUAUCACGGGAUUCUAAUCCGAUGGAAAUAAGUCCUGAUGUGUCGGAAGGGGGUCUGAAUUUAUCGGAGAAGGGUCUAGUAGGUUCACAGCCACGCCUAUACAGUUAUGAUAUGCCCCUGGGGCCAAAUCUCAGCUCUGCGCAACAGACGCUAAUUAUCAGCCCACACGCUGCACACACACUACUGGAGCCAAUAGUACCCGAGGCGCUUGAGGGGGGCACGCGUUCACAGAUACACGCACCAUCAGACCCACACACAAACACACAACAAACAAGCACACCAGCAACCGCACAGACCUACACACCAGCACAGCAGACUGACCGAGACAGACGUGAGGAGACUUGGGUAGAACGGGAAGGUAGCUGCACCCGACGGAGAAACACAUAUGACAGCGAACAGGUCCAUCACACACGUGUAGAUGUAGAGAGGUACGACACCAGCGGCAAUUCGGUCGAUAACGGACGCACCGAUGGGAAUGCAGAGUGUGACGCACAUGGUCCCCGGAGGCCACCAGAUAUGAAUGGAGAGGAUAUAGACACAGCGAUGUCCAGGGCAGAGAUGUCCAGGGCAGAGAUGUCCAGGGCAGAGAUGUCCAGGGCAGAGAUGUCCAGGGCAGAGGUGCCCAGGGCCACAGAAGCACGGGCGGUGCAGGAGGACGCCAACGGUAAGUUCGAGGUAGUUGCGUAUAUCAGCGACGCGCGCACAGACACCCACUGUGUAGUGUUCAGGCAGCAGGGCGAGUUGGUGGUGUCGUUCAGAGGGACCAAGUCCUCGGGCAAUGCCAUGACGGAUAUGCAGGCGAAUCUGAUCCCCCUCUGUGCCAGUACGUGUGGGACGGUGAACAAGAUCUGGCACAAGCACACGUGUGAGCGGUGGUCGGAGUGUCGCACGAAGGACCUGCUGGUGCACCGGGGCUUUCUGACGGCCUAUCAGUCGGUGCGCGUGCGCGUGUUGGAUGUGGUUAGGAAACAAAUGGCCUCGUAUAAGACGGAGACUCGGAAAGAAAUGGCCCUAUAUAUGACCGAGUCUCGGGACGUUGUGCCCAGAGAGCGUCGACACCGUAUACUCAACGCCACCGCCUCUACAGUAGGGGCCGCAUCUACGGCACACGUCGGUGGGUCUGAGAAGUGCCCUACCGCACACGCGAUGCCGAGGGGUGACCGCGAGACGUUGUACAGCCCACAGAAUCUGACAGGUGAUAUGUCCUUAGAAUGCUGUAGUGGGCCAGGUAAUGAUAAGGGGGUGGGUGGCUCAGAGAGUCUGUGUACUUACUCAGGAAACCCCCCUCAAGACCCAUCUGGGACAACGGCUCGUGUGUCAAUGGAGGACGGAUAUGUCUCAGCAUUAACCGAGGCCCGGACAAAUACACAUGCGAAUGGGCCCACACCGAGGGGAUAUGUAUCGGAGAUGCAUCAGAAUACUAUAAAUAAGGGCGGGUGCAUAGCAAAAAAGGACAACUAUGCCGUGGAGGUGGCCUGUAUGAAGACGCCCGCAAGUAGCAUGGAGAACAUACAGGGCACAAGUGCAGCAGCUGGAGCGAGGGAGCGGACGAGUAUUAUCCUAAACCCGUUUUUAGGGUUUUGCAAACCUAGAUCCGAUACCGGACUUAGAAUAUAUAACAGGCGCAAGUCGCAAAGCGCACCCGAUUUGGGGAACGAGACCCCAUUUAGUGUGGUUUUCGAACCCGAUACCGGACUCAAAUCUUAUGACGGAUCGGGAUUAAACAACACGAAACACGCCGAAACAGGUAAACGCGUAUACGAUAUGCCUGAGGUGUGUUCGGGAUAUGAGCCAUCCGAGCCAAACAACAGCAACGAGACAACGUAUACAGCCCAGAUACCGGUACAACGCACAGAUCUCGAUGAAGUGCACAACCCGUUUCACGUAUUCAUCACCGGCCAUUCGCUGGGCGGAGCGCUGGCGACCCUGUGCGCCUACGAGUUCAGUCGAGUCUUCGCGGGCGCGGAACUCGCCCUGACGGUGUACACGUUUGGCAGCCCGCGCGUGGGCAAUCACCAGUACGCCUGGCUCUACAACGAACGUAUUCCGAAUACUUACCGAAUCGUGAACGAUGGAGAUCCCAUCACCGCACUCCCGCCCAAGAUAGCCGGUACGGCGUUUCUGAAUACGUACAAGCACGUGGGCACGUGCUAUACCCUUGCGGAGACCGGCAGCCUGGUGAUGAACCCGAACUUCAUAGAGCGUAGACUCCAACUCAAACCGAAGCGUGAGAUCUCGACGCACAGUAUCAGACAGUACCGUAGCUUCAUCGUACGGUGCCUGGCCCGGUAUGUGUCUGGGGCGAGUGGGGGGGAACGGACGAAGACCUGUGAAGCCUAUGAACUGGCAACGGCCUUGAGAUCAAUCACCUCGGUUCUCCAGGCACCCAGUGAGAUGGGCACGCUCGAGCUGGAUGCUAUGGAGGGCAUUACGGAUGGGUUAACGGUACCAGAAGCACAGAGUUCAGGGGCAAAGAUGCGACAGCUGCUGCACCGGACACGUUCUGUGGACCAUGUUGUGUAUCGGUGACGAUAAGGCCCUCUGCAUGGUUUUAUGGGUGCACUCGAGUGUGCCGAUGAGGAUAGCUAAGCUGUGAGGAGUUGUCUGUCGCUUAGCACUGGCAAUGCGAAUAGAUGAGCUCGUCAAGUGGGAAAAGAUAAACUUAGUUUUUAUUUAUUUUAAAUGUAGUGGAAAUCAAUGAAUGAACAUUCAAUAUGAC